AGUUUCCGGAAGUGUGCUGCUGCAGUUUGUUGUUAUUUUCCUGCGCCGCUGCUCCUCCUCAACAUAUUGUUUACCUCGGACUAAAAUAACCUCUCAAAAUGUCUGGAGGAACCACUCUGGAGAACGCUAACCCGGUGAUCUUCCAGCGGUCCGGAGAGAGGCUUCUGGCGGACACAGACGCGGAUGAAGACGUCCAUGAUCCCAUCGACGAUAGAGAGAUCUUCGAUCUGAUCAGAUCCAUCAACGACCCGGAGCAUCCUCUGUCUCUGGAGGAACUCAACGUGUUGGAGCAAGUCCGAGUCAAGGUUAAUGAUGCAGAGAGCAGUGUGGACGUCCAGUUCACUCCCACAAUCCCCCACUGCAGCAUGGCGACGCUCAUCGGUCUGUCAAUCAAAGUGAAGCUGCUCCGCUCCCUGCCCGAAAGGUUCAAAGUACGU